UUUGGAGUGAACCUGGUUGCGGGGAUGUAGCUGUCUAUGUUGGCCACAUUAGAUUUAAUAUAUAAAGGAAUAUCUUUAAAUAUAUGACUUGUUUGUAUCGCUGAGAAAGGAGAGAAAGUAUUAUGGAUUAUUGUGGGCUGUUAUAAAUUCAUAAAACUUGAAAUAGGAUUAUCAUUUACUUCAAAAUCCCCGAUAGCCCAGCCAUGAAUUCCUUACCACCUAUACGAGAAGACAGGAUCAUCAAUGAACUCCCACCGUAUUUCACACGAGAUGCUGCGGUCCACACCGAAGAGGACUUUAAUGUUGAUGUGCAAAACGCAUGUCAGAGUUCAGACUCACUGAGAUUCACCGUUGCCAAGGUCAUAGUUGUGGGUGAUGUGGCUGUGGGAAAAACAAGUUUGAUCAACAGGUUUUGCAGGGACAGGUAUGAGAAAGGCUACAAAGCCACAAUCGGAGUGGACUUUGAGAUGGAGAGGUUUGAAAUCCUGGGAGUGCCAUUUAGUCUGCAGCUGUGGGAUACUGCAGGCCAGGAGAGGUUCAAAUGUGUUGCUUCCACCUACUACAGAGGAGCUCAAGCCAUCAUAGUGGUGUUUGACUUGAACAACUAUUAUUCCCUGGACAAUGCAAGGCAGUGGCUUGAUGAUGCCAUGAUAGACAACGAUCCUUCCAGUGUGCUGCUUUUUCUCAUAGGGACAAAGAAAGACCUGAGUCAUCCGGACGUGUUCGCUCAAACGGAGCAAGAAGCUAUUAAAUUAUCAAAGGAGAUAAGAGCUGAGUACUGGGCCGUGUCCGCUCUGUCAGGAGAAAAUUUGAGGGAAUUCUUUCUUCGGGUUGCAUCGCUGACCUUUGAGGCACGAGUGUUAGCUGAACUGGAGAGGAACUAUAAUAAACAAGUGGACGGUAUUAUAAAAAUCACAGAUCAUGAUGAUGACAAAUCUCAAAGGAGGAAGCAUGCAAACUGCUGUAGCUAAAUGAACUGAGAAACAGGGCCCAUGUGUAUACAUGAAAAGCUCAGGCCAGAGACACAAAUCAGCUGUGUGACUACAGAUUGCUGCAUUGAACACAAUCACCAUUUCGACCAGAGCAUGUGACCUUACUGAGCUGCAAAACCUGAAGCUGCAGACUACGAGCAGAGUUUUAGGCAUUGUUAGGCACUGUUUUGCUGAGUUUUGCGACACUGCUGUACAGAGACAGAAUCUAUAUUUGAAAGAUCAUGAUAAUUAUAUAUGAGAUUUGAUACAGGUAAUUUGUGCAACUGAUUUGUUCCCUAUCUGGAGGAGCAGCGACAUUUAUAUACAUUGUUUUUUUUUUUUUUUUAUAAAAAGCUAAACCAAAAACACAAAUUCCAGUAAUCAGAAUAUUGUGAAGGCAGACUUGUAUGUGCAUAAAGGCAUUGGAUAUCACAUUAUCAGCCCUCGGUGGGUUUUGCACUGCAGAUUUGAAUUCAAGUCUUUGUUUUCUUCACUGCAUCAUGUGCUUCAUGGGCUAAUAUGAGGCACAUGCUCGUAUCCGUGACCAGAGAUGGCAUAUCACUGGAUUCCCAGCAUGAACAAAAUGGAAGGAUUAUUUCUAAGGGAAUGGAAUUACACAAGACAAGAAUGUUCAAUCAGCAUAUAACAAAUAUUCUUUGAAUUUCAUUAUAAUUGUGAUGUGUAUGAGAUGUUACACUGAAAUGUUAUGCAGUUUUGUAGUCCACAGACGUUUAUACAUGCCUAUAGUGUUGGUCUUUGCAAUGAUUUGAUCCCAUGUUCUACAGGGGUGACUGAGUAAAACAUUACAGAAAUGUUGUCACCUGUAGUAGCAAUAAAAAUAUUAAACUCA